AUGAAGGGUAUAGUCUCAAUCUGCUGCUUCUUCAGCCUGCUGGUCCUGGCCUUAGCAGCAGUAGGCCUGGGGGCCCGGGGCAUCCCUCCAGUGCUGGCAGUGGGGACACCCGACCCCCUCCUUCCCCUCUUGGACAAGCCUCUCAGUCCCCUCAGCCUCAAGGUCGGCCACUUGACUGAUCCUCAUGGUCCUCGCCCCCCUUCUGUGGAAUUACCACCCGGACAUGCCCUCCAUCGCCCAGCUCCUAGCAUCCAGAACCACGUCACCAAGAGUGCUUACACUGUGGCCUGUGACAUUGGCCAGCAGGAGGAGGAGGUGGAGGAUGUCCUGAGCAACAUCCUGAGAGACAGAUCACACAUCGACGAGACGCUGAGGCUGGCCUCUGAGGAGAACGCAGCAGAAAACUAUCAUGCUGCUAUUCAGAAGUUACGUAAGAUCUACCACGCAGCCAUCAAGCCCAUGGAACAGGCCUAUAAGUACAACGAGCUCAGAGCACAUGAGAUCUCAGAUGGGGAGAUCACCUCCAAGCCCAUGGUGUUGUUCCUUGGGCCCUGGAGUGUAGGCAAGUCCUCCAUGAUCAACUACCUGCUUGGCCUGAAGGACAGCCCCUACCAGCUGUACACAGGUGCUGAGCCCACUACCUCUGAGUUCACUGUGAUCAUGCACGGCGAGAAGACCCGCUCCAUAGAGGGUAUCGUCAUGGCGGCCGACAGCUCGCGCUCCUUCUCGCCCCUGGAGAAGUUUGGGCAGAGCUUUCUUGAGAAGCUGAUCGGCAUUGAGAUGCCCCACAAGCUGUUGGAGCGCGUCACCUUCGUGGACACGCCUGGAAUCAUUGAGAACCGCAAGCAGCAGGAGAGAGGCUAUCCCUUCAACGACGUGUGCCAGUGGUUCAUCGAUCGUGCCGACCUCAUCUUCGUGACCUUUGACCCCACCAAGCUGGAUGUGGGCCUGGAGCUGGAGAUGCUCUUCCGCCAGCUGAAGGGACGUGAGUCCCAGAUCCGCAUCAUCCUCAACAAGGCAGACAACCUGGCCACCCAGGACUUGAUGCGUGUCUACGGUGCCCUCUUCUGGUCGCUGGCGCCCCUCAUCAACGUCACAGAGCCCCCAAGGGUCUACGUCAGCUCUUUCUGGCCUUACGACUACGCACCCGACACCAGCCGCGAGCUGUUUAAGCGCGAGGAGAUCUCCCUCUUGGAAGACCUAAACCAGGUGAUUGAGAACCGCAUGGAGAACAAGAUCGCCUUCAUCCGCCAGCAUGCCAUCCGGGUGCGUAUCCACGCCCUUCUGGUGGACCGCUACGUUCAGACCUUCAAGGACAAGAUGAGCUACUUUAGUGACCCCGACCUGGUGUUCAAGGAGAUCGUGGACGACCCGGACAAGUUCUUCAUCUUCAAGUCCAUCCUGGCCAAGACCAACGUGAGCAAGUUCGACCUGCCCAACCGUGAAGCCUACCAGGACUUUUUCGGUGUGAACCCGAUCGGCAGUUUCAAGUCCCUGUCCGCCCAGUGCUCCUACUCAAGCGGCUGCCUGCUGGACAAGAUCGAGAAGGCCAUCACCAGCGAGCUGCCGGGUCUUCUAAGCAGCAUCAACCCAGGCAAGACCCCCCCCGGCCUGUCCUCCUGCGAGGCCACUGGAUGCGGAGACAAGCCUAAGAACCGCUAUCGGAAAAACUGAUAGAAUACGAGAGAGAGGGGGAGGGAAGAGGAGAAAGGAAGAGGAGGAGGUGUGAAGGAGUGAUAAAGGGGAACGGUGACAUUUGUCAGACCCCCGGUCUUGUCAGAAGCCUGUAAUGUUGUUGUUUGAGGAGAAGGGAAGGGUUCAUUUAGAGGGUUGUUUCUCAGGAGAACAAGAGGUGGUGGUGUGUUGAGGAUUUGGGGAGAGGAAGAGAUGGAGGGAGGGAGGGUUGGUUUGUGUGUCUGAUUUGGCAGCGGAGAAUAAUAGUUGCUUGGAGAGAUGAGAAGAUUACAGAAUAACUCAUCUCCCUCCUCUCUCCCUUGCACAACCACAACGAACUGUCUGUUAUUGCGGGAAAAAUAUGUAAAAUUGUAUAAAACAAAAAAAUCGUGAGACUGAAACAGUCAACCACCAGCUCCCUUGUAUGUGAAUAAAAUGGGAAAUUGGAAACAGGAGUUGCCCAUUUGUUUUACAAGAUCUUAUUUGAAAAAUGCAUUUCAGCAGGUCUCACUUCUCUGCGAUGUUCUUUGUCUUUCUUUUUGAAGUCUGGGUUCAGUCCUUUCCACAGACAUUACAUCUUGAUCUUUUCUCUCUCCUAUGAAGGCAUUAUAAGCUCAGCCUUUAGGUUUAAUAACACUGUGGAGAUACCUUUUAACACUGCAUGUUAGAUGACAGAUGGUAUUUAUUUAAUAACAGAUGAUAUCAUAGGUGCAUGUAUUUACCUUUCUCACUUUGAACUUUCAAUAAUGUUCCCUUAAACAACUGACAACCCUUAUGGUGCAGUCCCAACAACCCCUAUGUACGGUGCUGUAAGAUGGUCCACUCUGUUGGCCAUCUUUCUUUUAUAUGCUUCUUCUCGCUCUCAGGUUGUUGACAGCCUGUAAUAUGAGCAGAGACGAAAGAGGAAGUGAGACAUCCUACUCCCUUAUUUUUUCUGGUUCAUAUGCAGUCCAUGAACUAAGUAGACCAGACCCAGCUGUUAUCGCAUUGGUGUCUAUGGGAGAA